UUUGCUCUGCUCCCUCAAGGCCAGGGUCGAGGAGCCGGUGGCUCCAUUCUUCUCUGACCAGGAUGACUGGUUCUGGAAGAUUCUAUGGACCCCCUUUGUGGGGCUUCUCUAGCUCAGGGAAACCUGAGCUCAGUAAUUGGGGAAAAAGCAUCCUCAGGAGCCCAAAAGGAAGGCCAAGACUGUGUGGAGAAAAAGCAGCUGGUCUUUCCCCUGUUCUCUUCCUCCCGUCACCAGGGGUCGAUCUGUGUUUCUGAACUUGCUGUGUGGUGGAAGGAGCCACUCCCUUCUCUGGGGUUGUCCCAGAGCUGCAGCCGCCUGUCUGGUAUUCAGGGACAGGUGUUGGGGUCUGGCUGAGGUGUGGGCAGACAGGACUUGGGAAGGGGUGAGCUGUCCAGCCAGUCAGAUCGGCUCUCCCAGUUCGUGGAGAAGAGAGAGACCAGUUUCUGUCAAGGGGGUGGACUAAGCCUUGUCAGUGGGGCUGGGGCCAGACUUCCAUCUUCCUGAGCGUAAGGCACAGUGAGCAGGCAGGGUCUCUGAGGCAUGCUCUCUUUUAAAACUUGCACUGACAUCCGACCCACUGAGAGGCAUGUGGCCUUCUCAGGGCCAAGUCCCAUUCAUUCCCUGGCCCCCAAGUGCCUCUUUGACCUCACCUCUCCCUCCCUCCUCUGGCCUUCCCUUAGCUUCUUCAAGGUCUUUUCUCCCCUAGCAAGUGCUCUCUAGGCCCUGUUUCAGCUCCCCUGGCUGUGCCCCUCUGCUGGGGUCAGGAUGAACCCCCGUGUGGACUCCAAGGGCAUCUCAGAACCUUCCGAGUGUCCUGGACGAGAAGGACUAUUCUGUGUCUUGUUCCAGCCCUGUGGUCUGUGGGAUGACGCUCACUCACUUCUAUGCAUCCUUCAUGGAUCCCAGGCUCCUUUCCCAAGGAUGCCUCACUGGGACCAUUGUCCCCACUUCACAAAGGAAGACCCCAAGCCCCCCCUCCCCACACCCCCAUCUCCCAGGUGGCAGAGCGAGCUCUCAGGCCCUAGAGCCCUGGUGUGUUCCCCACCACACCAUGGCAGUCUGCAAAGGGCUGAGGGCCACGCUGGUCACAUGCUGCUCAUGGCAGCCCCGUGUGCGGGCCUGGAAGCAUCCACCUGACCUCACUCUCUCUAGAACAGAUAGCAGAAGCUUGGCCAACUGUGUAUGAUAUGCAUGCUGUGUCACAUGCAGGCCACACUGCCAGGGCCACUAGCCAACCGGUAACUGAGCCUGCUCCAGCUCUCCAGAGGGUCUCGAGUCGAAGCUAUUCCAAGGGAUUGUGAGGAAGGGAAAAGCCAGCCCAUGUGUGCUUUACUUGCCCUCUUGAGAGUGGGGCCCGAGAUCCCUCAGGGUCUACCCUCCUGGGAGCAGGGCUGUGACAUCCCACCCAGCCCGGAAACUCUAUUGUGGCUUCUCUGAAGUCUCAGUGAGCGCACUUGCUGCCUCCCGGUGGGUUGAAGCUGCCAGCAGGGUGCGUGACUUCAGGUGCAGAGUCUGGGGGCCCUCCAGUCCUGCCCCAUAGGGCUCUGGCUCCUGGGAUGUAGCGUGGGGGAGCCCCGAAGCCUGGCUGCCCUCAGACUGGAGGCUUGGAGACAGCAGGUGCCACUUGUCACACCUUGGACCCUUCUUUCUGCCUCCUGGGGCUUUGGUUGGGUCCCAGUUCAGGCUGCCCAAGGGGAGAGGCAGAUCUCCUGCCUUCAGAGCCUCUCCUCUACCCCACUCCUGCACACCCCCUGCUCCCCACCUGCAGAGACCAUGAACGUUCUUGGUAUCCACCAGGCAAGCUAUGACAGGCAUCCCAAGCCCUAUUGUCACAUCGUGGCCCUUGAUUCUGUCUUUGUCCUUCUGUCAGUCUGUCUGUUUCUCUCCUGCUCCUGGUGACAGGACAGUGGAAGGCCGUGGGAGGAGGAGGAUUCAGGCUGAGGUGGGCGGCUCUUUGGCAGCGGGAGGUGCUCGAGCCUGGCGGGGCCGCCAGGUGCAGCCCCCAUGGUGCAUAGGAUGGUGGAGGCCAUGUCCCAGCUGCAGGAGGAGAAAGCCCGGCUACAGGAGGAGCUGGCAGCCCUACAGGAGAGGCUGGCCCUCCGAGACAGUGACCAGCAAGCCACAUCCACCCAGCUGCAGAAUCAGGUGGAAAACCUGAAGGAGAAGCUCAUUAGCCAAGCCCAGGAAGUGAGCCGCCUUCGAUCAGAGCUGGGAGGCACGGACUUGGAGAAGCACCGGGACCUGCUGAUGGUGGAGAAUGAACGGCUGAGGCAGGAGAUGCGGCGCUUCGAGGCAGAGCUGCAGGAGCUGCGGGCCAAGCCGGUGGCCCCCUGCACGGGCUGCGAGCACAGCCAGGAGAGCGCCCAGCUCCGGGACAAGCUGUCACAGCUGCAGCUGGAGGUGGUGGAGAACAAGGGCAUGCUGUCGGAGCUGAACCUGGAGGUGCAGCAGAAGACCGACCGGCUGGCGGAGGUCGAGCUGCGGCUCAAGGACUGCCUGGCCGAGAAGGCGCAGGAGGAGGAGAGGCUGAGCCGGCGCCUCCGGGACAGCCACGAGACCAUCGCCAGCCUGCGGGCCCAGUCGCCGCCAAUCAAGUAUGUCAUCAAGACCGUGGAAGUGGAGUCGUCCAAGACCAAGCAGGCCCUCAGCGAGUCCCAGGCCCGGAACCAGCACCUGCAGGAGCAGGUGGCCAUGCAGAGGCAGGUGCUGAAGGAGAUGGAGCAGCAGCUGCAGAGCUCGCACCAGCUGACCGCGCAGCUCCGGGCACAGAUCGCCAUGUACGAGUCAGAGCUGGAGCGGGCACACGGGCAGAUGCUGGAGGAGAUGCAGUCCCUGGAGGAGGACAAGAACCGGGCCAUCGAGGAGGCCUUUGCCAGAGCCCAGGUGGAGAUGAAGGCUGUGCAUGAGAACCUGGCAGGUGUCCGGACCAACCUGCUGACGCUGCAGCCAGCUCUGCGGACCCUCACCAACGACUACAAUGGGCUCAAGCGGCAGGUGCGUGGCUUCCCCCUGCUCCUGCAGGAGGCUCUCAAGAGCGUCAAGGCCGAGAUCGGCCAAGCCAUCGAGGAGGUCAACAGCAACAACCAGGAGCUCCUGCGCAAGUACCGCCGGGAGCUGCAGCUGCGCAAGAAGUGCCACAAUGAGCUCGUGCGGCUGAAAGGGAAUAUCCGGGUGAUUGCUCGUGUCAGGCCAGUCACCAAAGAGGACGGAGAAGGACCCGAAGCGACCAAUGCUGUGACCUUCGAUGCUGACGAUGACUCCAUCAUCCACCUACUGCACAAAGGAAAGCCUGUGUCCUUUGAGCUGGACAAGGUCUUCUCCCCGCGGGCCUCACAGCAGGACGUGUUCCAGGAGGUACAAGCCCUGAUCACCUCCUGUAUUGACGGCUUCAACGUCUGCAUCUUUGCCUAUGGCCAGACGGGUGCCGGCAAGACCUACACGAUGGAGGGGACCCCCGAGAACCCAGGCAUCAACCAGCGGGCCCUGCAGCUGCUCUUCUCCGAGGUGCAGGAGAAGGCGUCCGACUGGGACUACACCAUCACCGUCAGCGCUGCCGAGAUCUACAACGAGGUCCUCAGGGACUUGCUGGGGCAGGAGCCCCAGGAGAAGCUGGAGAUCCGGCUGUGCCCAGACGGCAGCGGGCAGCUGUACGUGCCGGGGCUGACAGAGUUCCGGGUGCAGAGUGUGGAGGACAUCAACAAGGUGUUCGAGUUUGGCCACACCAACCGCACGACCGAGUUCACCAACCUGAACGAGCACAGCUCCCGCUCACACGCCCUGCUCAUCGUGACGGUGCGCGGGGUGGACUGCAGCACGGGCCUCCGCACCACGGGGAAGCUGAACCUGGUGGACCUGGCCGGCUCGGAGCGUGUGGGCAAGUCAGGGGCUGAGGGCAGCCGCCUGCGGGAGGCACAGCACAUCAACAAGUCGCUGUCAGCCCUGGGGGACGUCAUCGCCGCCCUGCGCUCCCGCCAGGGCCACGUGCCCUUCCGCAACUCCAAACUCACCUACCUGCUGCAGGACUCGCUCAGUGGAGACAGCAAGACCCUCAUGGUGGUGCAGGUGUCCCCCGUGGAGAAGAACACCAGCGAGACACUGUAUUCCCUGAAGUUUGCAGAGAGGGUGCGCUCUGUGGAGCUGGGCCCUGGGUCCCGCAGGGCAGAGCUCGGGUCCUGGUCCAGCCAGGAGCACUUGGAGUGGGAGCCGGCUUGCCAGACCCCACAGCCCUCGGCACGAGCACACUCAGCCCCCAGCUCCGGGACCACCAGCCGCCCAGGCUCCAUCCGGAGGAAGCUGCAGCCCUUGGGGAAGUCAAGGCCGGUGCCUGUGUGAUGGACGUGUCCACCCUACCGGAACGGGGACUGGGUCGUGAGGCCUUGCUGGCCCGCUCCUGCUGUAGCACUGGGAGCCUAGGAGGCAAAGGCCAGGGUGGAGGCACCUCUUCCAUCCCGUCUCAGAAGGAAAUGGUGUCUCUCGUCCGUGGCUGUGGGUUCAAGUGGCACAGGCUGGAAGGGUAGGGAUGGCCCACUCUGCCUGGCAGGCCCGGGCCAUCAGGGGGCCCUCAUGGGGAGGGCAGGAGUAUGCGGGAAGGUGGUCCUCUCGCCCAGCCUGGUCUGACUCUCCCCUGCCUGCCGGGCCCCGUCUCUAGUGGGUGUGCUGAGGAGCCCCCGGGGGGCACAGGAACCAUGACACCCGGGCAGUUUGGUGGGCACCCUGGGGCAGCCCUGGCCACACGCGGGCCCUGUGCUGGACGUGUACAUAGUGUUCUAGGUGUACAUAGGGGCACGGCCCUCCCCGCCGAGGGCUGGCCUGUAUUUAUGGCUGGCAGGAGGCCAGUGGGCGGGGAUUCUGCUGCUCCCCUCAUCUGCCUGGUACCAGGCUCUCUCCUUGCUCACUGGCCUCUUGACAUCUUCCCCCCUUUGAAAUCCUAUUUAAGAACUUUUGGAAGCUUAGCCAUUUUUACUUAAAAUAAAAACCUUUUUACACAA